UGUCAGAGUCGCCAUGGGGGACCUGGGGCUGGGCCAGGAGUUCCACACCUGGCACCAGUUCAGCACCUUCAUCGACGACUGGUGCGAAAAGCACAAGGUGCUCUUCAUCGUCGCCAGCCUGAAGCCGCUGAUCUCCCUGCGCCAGAACCCACUGCACCAUCAGCCUAGCCUGGCGGAGAUCCUCCGCUUCCGUUUUGUGCGCCUCAUCUGCAAGCACAGCGGGACCUACGUGGGGCAGAGCACGGUGCAGCGCAACCGCCUCAGUGAGAAAAUUGACUGCCCAGCCUCCAUCACGCUGCGCCUAGGCCCCAAGAAAGACCGCUUGGUGGUGAUCGAGGCCAACCUGGAGCACAAUCACCGCCUGUCCGAACUGGAGUUCGCACUCCACUUCAAGCGGCACCAGCUGAGAGCCAGCCUGGGGCUGCCCAUCCGCAUCACCAACAGCAUUUCCAAGCGCUUCCUGUCGCCUGAUCUUAUCUGGAAGAUCGAGGAUUACAGCCGAGCCAAAGACAAGGGCAUGUGCGAGCUCUUGGCUGUCCUCGACGGACUCUUCAAGGCAGACGCGGGCGCCAAAGUCAAGCUGGUGUUCCAGGAGGACGUAGCGAUCCUCAACAGCAUCUUCCUGGCCACCUCGCGCAUGCGUGGACUGGUGCAGCGCUUCCCAGCUCGCCUUUUCCUGGAGCGUGCUGCCUUCCUCGACGAAGACUUCGAGCUCUAUACAGUGCUGUGCCAGGACGCCAACGGGCGCGGGCGGGAGGUGGCCUAUUGUCUCGCACGCCAGGGGCUGCCUGACCUUCUCAUAUUCAUUGUGGCUUCGUUGGUGCAGAGUGCCCCGGACAUCAAGCUGCAAGUGAAGGUGGUUACAGUCGGGGCUGGCGUGACAGGCCUCGAUGCUGUGGAGGAGGUGCUGCCGUGCGCCCGGGUGCAGAUCUGUCGCCUCCAGGCCUUGGAGGCGCUCUACCGCAAGGCCUGCGAACUGGCUGUCCCCAAGGAAGACCGGAUCCGCAACCUGCUGCUCAACCUGGCCAACGCCGACUCGCCGCGGGUCUACAGCCAGUACCUGAGCGACCUCGAAGACGUGGCCCCGCUUUCCUUUCUGCAGUACUUCCUGGAGCGCUGGCACCCCCACAAAGGGAUGUGGGUGGAGUGCUGGGCCUUCGAGAAGCACCGAGAGUGCCUCUUCCUGGACCACCUGAGCAUGCACCGCCACAAGCUGCUGACGGCGCUCAGUCCCCCCAUGACGCUGGCUGCCGGCGUCCAGGGUCUGUUGGAUCUUCAGGCCCUCCAUGUCGAGACCUCGACGCUAAAUGUGGCGCCAGUGGUCGAACUGUACCGGACUGCCUGCCUGCCUGCCGGCACCGACCUGAUAUGUGAGGAAUUAGACCUGGUGCCCCAUGCCCACUACGAGCUCAGGGACACUCCUGAUGGGUACCUCCUGGAGGGGAGCACCUGCUCUUUUCUGGUGAGCCUAGACCUGACCGCUUGCAGUUGCUCUAUUUACAUGGCUCACCAGCUGCCCUGCCGACACAUCUUUGCUGCACGCCUUUGGGCAGGGGAGCCCCUCUUUGACCCCCGCCUGCUGCCCAGCUCGACAGAUGGACAUCGAAACAUUACAGGCCCGGAGGAGUGCUGA